CAGGAAACCUCUUCCACCCUGCCCAAAACUCCUACCUGGGGGCUGCACGGGAAGCAGGCAGGACAGCAUGGUGCGGCGUGUGGCGGUGGUGGGCGCGGGCGUCAGUGGGCUGGCGGCCACCAAGUGCUGCCUGGAAGAGGGGCUGGAGCCCACCUGCUUCGAGCAGAGCGAGAACGUCGGGGGACUCUGGUACUACACGGACCAGGCAGAGGAAGGCAGAGCCAGCAUCUACCGCACCGUCUUCACCAACUCCUGCAAAGAGAUGAUGUGUUACUCCGACUUCCCCUUCCCUGACGACCACCCCAACUACAUGCACAAUGCCAGGCUCCAGCACUACAUCUGCAAGUACGCCGAGCACUUCGACCUGCUCCGGCACAUACGGUUCAAGACCCUGGUCACCAAGGUUAAAAAACGCCCAGACUUUUCUGUGACGGGGCAAUGGGAGGUGGUGACCCGGAGAGAUGGGAAGGAAGAGACGGCGGUUUUUGAUGCUGUUAUGGUUUGCUCUGGGCAUCAUGUCUACCCAAACCUCCCCCUGGCUCAAUUCCCAGGAAUACAGAAGUUUAAAGGCUGCUACUUCCACAGCCGAGAGUACAAGGAGCCAGAGAAGUUCAGAGGGAAGAAGGUGCUGGUGAUAGGCUUGGGCAACUCUGGCUGUGACAUUGCCGUGGAGCUCAGCACCGUGGCGUCACAGGUCUACCUGAGCUCCCGAAGCGGGUCCUGGGUGAUGAGUCGUGUCUGGGACAACGGCUACCCCUGGGACAUGCUGGUCAUCACUCGUUUCCGGACCUGGCUGGGGAACAUCCUUCCAAGGGCGAUCAGUGACUGGCUGUACGUGAGAGGCAUGAACCGGUUCUUCAAGCACGAGAACUUCGGCCUCAUGCCACUGGACAGAACCUCCCGUAAGGAGCCAGUGUUCAACGACGACCUCCCGAGCCGCAUUGCCUGCGGCGUGGUGGUGAUGAAGCCAAAUGUGAAGGAGUUCAGAGAGACAUCCGUCUUGUUUCAAGAUGGGACUGUGCAGGAUGACGUCGAUGUGGUUGUCUUUGCCACUGGUUACAGUUACUCCUAUCCUUUCAUGGAGGAUGAUUCCAUCAUCAAAUGCAGGGACAAUCAGGUCACCCUCUACAAAGGCAUUCUCCCUCCUCGGCUCGAGAAGCCAACCAUUGCAGUCAUUGGGCUGGUCCAGUCCCUUGGACCCAUCAUCCCAACAGCAGACCUCCAGUGCCGCUGGGCAGUCAAGGUGUUUCAGGGGCAGUGCACGCUCCCCCCGGUCAGUGAGAUGAUGGAUGACAUUGAUGACAAGAUGGGGAAAAAGCUCAAGUGGUACAGGAACAGCACCACGCUGCAGACGGAUUAUAUCUCCUACAUGGAUGAGUUGGCCUCUGCCAUCGGCGUGAAGCCCAACAUGCUGAAGCUCCUGCUGACAGACCCACAGCUGGCCCUAAAGGUCAUCUUCGGCCCCUGCAGCCCCUACCAGUUUCGGCUGGUGGGCCCGGGGAAGUGGAGCGGGGCCAGAAAGGCCAUCCUCACCCAGUGGGACCGAACUCUUCAGGCCACACGGACGCGCGUCACCCCCGCCGACCCCACCGCCUUCCCCUGCCUGGCCGUGCUGGGGGUGCUCUUCCUCCCGCUUCUCCUCCUCCUCACUGCCCUUUAUUGCUAGGGGACGCCAGGGGGAUGGGGCAAGGAUGGGGAGGGAUGCAGGAGCGCAGUGUGCGUGCGUGGGAUGCUUUCUCCCGCUGGGCAACGUGUGCUGCUCAUUACCCUGAAAAUAAUUCAUCAAGAGAUCCCUAAAAAAUGGCAUUGAUAAAUAAAGUGCACUCUCCAUGCCUGGUAAAUUUGAGAGGUUUCUCAGCUGGGGCUGUGGAAGAGUGUAAACACCAGCCCCAGUAGGUAAAGUUGGUUCGACUAGUGGUGGCAUUCGACUAGUGGUGCGUUUCUACACGUCUUUAAAUAGCUCCCUGUCUACUGUCUCUUUUUCUGGUGGAAAACCAGAGGCAACGUGUUUGGCUUUUUGAGAAAAGUUUUGGUGUAGAGCCUAUGCUCUGGCUAAAACCAUCUUGCCUGAAUUGGCCCUUUUGAAAAAUAACUUUAAACGAUAAAUGACCCCCCAGCUCUCAGAACAAUGUCUGGACUUCACUGAAGCAUGUGAGCAUCCAAAAGCUGAGAUGAACUGUGUCUCCCAGACAAAAUGCCUGGCCCAGCCGGGGCUCUGUAACGCAGCACUGCGGCGGCCAUGGCAAGAGCAUCCUUGGAGACAUCUCCCUCAGAGCCACUCUGCUUCCUAUCAGGCAUCACCACCCCCGCAGUGACAGCUUGGAUGGGCCCCUGUGCCUUGUCUCUGUGGCCACUCCUAAGGUUUGUCCAGGUGUGAUGGGGAUGUGCCACCUGCCCAAUUACCUCUCCUGGGGAGGGCAAAGACUCCAAGGUUCACCCUCACUUGAGCAAGUGGGGAGGAGCUGGACCCAUCCCGGUGAGCUGCCGAACUCCUGAUGUGGCUGGAUCUUGUCGGCUUUUUUCUUUUGUGUCCAUCUGCUGCAGGUGGAACAAGCCCACAGCAUAAUUUUGGUGUACUUCAAGAAGCUCUCUGCCCAGGGGCAGCUGGGGGCAUCUCGGCUUUUCUCCUCCAUGCGGCAAUAACAUAGCUUUGCAAAAUGCUCCAUGGUUUUGGGAAAGGCAUCGUGUAAAAGCAAAAUAGUAUUGUCACUGUGGGCUCUAGCCCUGAGAAUGCAACUAUGGAAUGCCUGCCGUUCCCUUUUCGGUGUCUCUGCUAAUGGUGCUUCCUCCUGCCAGGAGAGGAAGGGGUUUGCCCCCCAUUUCUUCCAAUCCAAACGAUGCGUAGCCGUGGUGGGAAGCGAUCCUUUCCUACGCCUGUGUUUGCAACUUGAGAGCUCAGAUGUA